UUCACCUCACCGUUCAGGUAAACCAGGUGCCAACGUUUUACUGAGUGGUACCACCGUGGUACCGUCUAGCGUGACUUAGUUCGUGGGUGUUUUGUUUUUGUAUUCCAAAGUUAACAAUAAUAUGAAUUAAAAAGUUCCAAGAAAACAUAGUUUUAUCUCAAAAUGAGUUAAUCCAAAAUGGACCCUGGUAUAGUAUGUUUCCAGCAUUGCGGGCCAAAAGUUUUUUGCUUCAGACUACCAGAAUGUUGCCCAGUAUGUGAUGAGGAUUUGGAAAAAGCCAAUUUUUCAUUGUUACCAUUCAGAUUACCAUAUCCUUUUAUUAGAGCAUCUCAAUACCCAUGUGCUGUCGUUAUAAAACCAACAGCAGGAGAUUUUUUAAAUGAUUACUACAAUUCCAAAGAUUUGCACAUAGGCGUAACUACUUCUACGGGUACUAUAGUGGAAUUUGAUAAGAAUGGGCUGAGAAAACACAGAUCUACACAUUGGAACCAGUGUUUACUAUUAGAUCAAGUUCCUUCACCUUGGACAGAGCACUGGGACACUACCUUGUGGCAAGUUUGUAAACAAAAAUGCUGGUCUUCGAAAACAUACAGUGAGGACAAACAUAAUUGCUAUAGUUUUGUACUGACCUUUCUAGUGACAUUGUCUUAUGGAAGCUUGAGUGACGCUGCGCGUAAUCGGACUGUGUUUUGUGAGAAAUUUAUAGUACCAAGGACUACAGCUGCUGGAAAAUACAUCUCCCUGUAUAGAAAGUUGAAGGAGUAUGGAUUUUACGUUCACAGAACUAAAUAGCAUACACUUCUAUUCUUCCUAAGUCUAUAAACCGGGUUAUACAUCAGGUUAAGACAUACCGGGUGGUGUAUCAUCGUUGGAAACAUAGGAAAUCUCAAAUAGUAUUUACUAAACGUUGCUUUUGCCACAUUCGAACCAGUUUCAAAUUACAAAAAUCAGGGGCGGAUACAGGAAUUUAUUUUAGGGGGGGGGCCAAAUAAAAAGUAAUGUAGAAUAGGUAUGCCUUUUAGGGCGCUAUUUUUAACCAAAAAGCCUUAUAUUUCACCAAAUUUAUAGAUGUUAGGGGGGGCCUUGGCCCCAUGGGCCCCCCUCUGUAUCCGCCAAUGACAAAAAUACAUUUCGGGGACACUAAGCGUAAGGUACUACAACGUAGUAGUGGAGACUGCACCAUGAUCAUAGAUAAAAGAAAAUAAUCUUCUACCAUGACUGCACAACAAAUUACAUUUGACAAUGAUACAAUCAUAGGUUCACAAAGACAACUUAAGGUAUGUUGAAAUUUGCGUGGUUUUGCAUGGUUACCUGUUGAGUUUUAAUUUAAAAAAAAGAUGCAGUUUUUCUUAAAUUACUUAAAAUCGGCUUGUCCAAAAUUGUUCAAAUUUGGCAUGUGUAUUCAGCAUAGACAGAUUUUUAAAAAACCCAAAUACGGCUGUAAAAUUAACAGAGGAAUCAAUAUUUGGACAGUCCAAAAUUUGCAUGGGAAUUCCUAUAUUUCCACCCGGUAUGUCCUGUAUAUGGUCAGUAUUUUCACAAAUUCAUUACAUGGAUUCCUUUCGUUAGGUAUAUUUAUU